UGCAGAAAAUGGCAGCUAAAAUGAUCAAGGGGCUGGAGCAGCUUCCCAGUGAAGGAACAUUACAACAGCUUGUAUUGUUUAGCUUGGGGGGAAAAGCCGAGUAAGGAGAGACAUGAUAGAGGUGUACAACAUUAUGCGUAGUGUGGAGAAUGUGGAUAGGGAGACAUUUUUCUCCCUCCCUCAUAAUACUAGGAUCUGGGGUCAUUCCUUGAAGCUGAUUGGUGGGAGAUUCAGGACAGAUAAAAGUACUUCCUCGCAUAGCACACAGUUAAACUAUGGGAUUUGGUACCACAGUGCAGUAUGCAGUGAUGGCCACCCAUUUGGAUAGCUUAAAAGGGGUUAGACAAAUUCCUGGAGGAGAAGUUUAUCAAUGGCUACUAGUCCUGAUAGCUAUGUGCUACCUCCAGUAUCAGAGGCAGUAUGCCUCUGUAAACCAGUUGCUGAGGAACAUGGGCAGGAGGGUGUUGUUGCACUCAUGUCCUGUUUAUGGGUUUUCCUUGGGCAGCUGGUUGUCCACUGUGUGACCCGAAUGCUGGACUAGAUGGAUCCUUGGUUUGGCCUCACAUGGCUCUUCUUAUGCUCUUAUAUUCUAAUGUGUUUUGUUGUGAGCAAAAGCAGGUUAUUUCUACUGCUGAGGAAGGCUGCAGGGUCUCUGACAAGAGUCAGGAGGAACAAUGGAUUCUACAGAAGAUCUUGAAAACAUUAAUCUCUUAUUUGAGUAUCAGUAUGGAUCUCUCAUUUCAAAGAUUAUGUUUACAGCCUGUGAGUUGGGAAUAUUUGAUCUGCUGCUCAAGUCAGCAGGACCCCUGACCUCAGCGACUAUUGCUGAGUGUCUGGGCACCAGUCCCUCCAAGUUGGAGAGGGUGCUGGAGGCCUGUGUGGGGUUAAAGCUCCUAAGAAUGGAAAGGAAAGACAAUAUAGCUCACUAUGGAAACACAGAUAUUUCCAAUCUCUACCUUGCUGAAUCGAGUCCAAAGUCUCAGUAUCAUUACAUGAUGCACUGGUCUGGCGUCACCCUUUUGAAUUUGAACCACUUGACAGAUGCUGUGAGGGAAGGGAAAAACCAGUUGGAGAAAUCACUGGACAAUCCAUCCAAAGAUAUCUUUGAAGCUCUUUAUAGAUCAGAGGAGGGCAUGAAAAAGUUCCUAAAUACCAUGAAUUCUGCUUGGUGCCUGCACGAUACAGAUGUGAUUGCUGCACAUGAUCUUUCGCAUUUCCCACUGAUUUGUGAUAUAGGGGGAGGUGGUGGUGCCUUGGCUAAGAAAUGUGUUUCAUUGUAUCCUAGUUCUACUGUGACAAUUUUAGACUUACCUAAAGUAGUGGAAAUAGUCAAGAAGCAUUUUGUAUCUUCAGAAGAACACCGGAUUACUUUCCAUGAAGGGGAUUUUUUUAAAGAUCCAAUUCCUGAAGCUGACCUAUAUCUUUUGGCUCGGAUCCUGCAUGACUGGGAUGAUGAGAAGUGUGUGCAGCUGCUAACCAAACUGCACAAGGCCUGCAGACCUGGUGGUGGAGUGUUAGUAGCGGAAACAGUUCUCAAUGAGGACCGAAGUGGGCCUUUAGUAUCCCACCUAAACUCCAUACUGAUGCUGCUUCAUACCGAAGGAAAAGAACGAACUGCAUCAGAAUAUAACGUGCUCCUCAAUGCAGCUGGUUUCAAAGAAAUUCAGCUAAAGAAAGGGAGGGUCUACAGUGCAAUUUUAGGAAGAAAGUAACAUUGCUCUUGCUUCAAUUCCUGCUAAUGGAAACUAGAAUAAUAAAAUGUCUUCCAUCCUAACAAUUUAUUCAGCUUACUGUUCUAGACACCAAUUUGUUUCAAAAGAGAAAAAUGUGGCAUGACAUUAUUUUACAAACUCUGGCAUUGUUUGUCAGCCUAGGAACUAGGGGUGUGCAUCCAAUUCAACUC